AUGCACAAUUCCUCGAUAAAUUCUGCAAUCCCUAUUGCUGUCUUUUUCCUUCUUCAUUAUCCACCUCAACCACCUAAUGCUUCGGGGUUAGAAAGGGGUAUUGGAGCACAUGCAGACUUUGGAGCCGUCACCAUUCUUCUCCAAGACUCAACGGGUGGUGGUCUCUAA